AUGUCGAGCCCUCCUCCGCCAUCUGCCCCCGAAAUAUCUCUAGAAUGGUCUGCCGUAUUUACGAUUGCCCCAAAGAGCAACAAAAAUAUGCCUGGUGACAAGAUAUUACUACCGCAAUCAGCACUCGAGCAACUCCUAGCUGCCUCGACCGUUACCACGACUUCCACCCGACCGCCCCCUUCAAAUUUCGACCCAUUCAAUCCAUAUUCGCUGGCUGCUGCCAGAGUAGAACAGUCACAGUGGCGAGACACUCAGCAACAACUUCCCCACCCUCUCACAUUCCGACUAGUAAAUCCACAAAACGGAAAUGUAGUCCACGCGGGAAUCCGCGAGUUUUCUGCUGAGGAGGGGGAGGUUGAGUUAAGUCCAUUCUUACUGGGGGCUCUUGGUGUGACAGUACCACAGCGUAAAGCCAAAACCCAAGCUUCUGCUCCGGGUCUGGAGGAAUUACCCGUCGGAGCGAUUGAUUUAACUGAGGAUGAGGAUGCUCGUGGCAAAGAUCUUAUUGAUCUGACGGAGGAGGAUGAAGCGCCAAUUCAAAUCACGGUACAUGCGAAGCAAUUGCCAAAGGGGACAUAUGUACGACUUCGGCCUUUAGAGGCCGGGUACAAUCCAGAGGAUUGGAAGUCCUUGUUGGAACGACAUAUGCGGGAAAACUUCACCACACUUACAAACGGUGAAAUAUUGACAGUUCGAGGUUCGAAGUCGGAAGAAUUUCGCUUUCUUAUCGACAAGUUUCUCCCAGAAGGUGACGGAAUAUGUGUAGUAGACACAGAUUUGGAAGCGGAUAUUGAAGCGUUGAACGAGGAACAGGCCAGGGAAACCCUGAAACAAAUUAUGGCCAAGGCACAGAGAGCCCCCGGAACAGCAGAAGGAAGCUCUGUUGGCGGUGAUUUGAACAUUUGGAAACCUUCAACUGGGCAAAUUCUUGAUGGUGACGAUAUAGACUAUCGACUUCCCUCAUGGGAUCGCUCUCAAGCUGUCGAAAUCGAGCUAACCCUUGAUGAUGGUGAAGCUGUAGAUAUUUUCAUGAGUCCGCUAUCGCCGCAUCAGAGAGCUCAACCCCGAGAAUCGGAACACGUCUUUGGUGACUUUAGUGGAGAGAAUUCGAAAAAGAUCAUUCUUCAACCCUCGGAUAUUGCUCUUGAAAAUGCUGAAGCGUUAUUGAUAUCGCUGCAUACACAACCAGUCUCAGAGGGUGAACUGCCAAAGAUGCAUCAAUUUUCCUUGAGUGUGAAGAUGAUUUCCAGAGAUGCUUUUGGAUCUUCAACCAAUCCAGUCUUCUUAGACGAAGAUACCGAGAUGCAUGGACCUGACGAGGAGCAGUGUAAAAAUUGCACGCAAUGGGUGCCAAAGCGGACCAUGAUGUUGCACGAAAAUUUCUGUCUUCGGAACAAUAUCCUAUGCCCACACUGUAAAAACGUCUUCCAGAAGAAAUCACAAGAAUGGGAAAAUCACUGGCAUUGUGAGCACGACUCGGCAUAUGGAAAUACUCCAGCAAGCAAGUUAAGACACGAUGAAGUCUGCCACAAAGCACAAUCGUGUCCAAGUUGUCCUUACGAAGCCGCCAAUCUGAAAGACCUCGCUGCUCAUAGGACCUCUAUAUGCCCUGGCAAAAUCAUACUGUGCCAGUUCUGUCAUCUCGAGGUGCCACAAGAAGGAGACCCAUUCGAUCCUUCUCCUGAAUCAUUGAUAUCAGGAUUAACGGCACACGAAUUGGCCGAUGGAGCACGAACUACAGAGUGUCAUCUCUGCUCAAAAAUUGUCCGUUUACGAGACAUGGCAACCCAUUUACGACACCAUGAAUUAGAAAAGUCAUCUCGUUCUAAGCCCGAUAUCUGCCGGAACGCCAAUUGCGGAAGAACACUUUACGGCGUUGGUAAAAACGGGGAGAUAGGCGCUGGUGUCAGAAUGGGUCAAGGUCCUGGCAACGAUCUCGGUAUCUGCAGUAUCUGCUUCGGUCCUCUCUACGUCAGUAUGUAUGAUCCCGAAGGCAAAGCAUUGAAGCGACGCGUCGAGCGAAGAUACAUCGGUCAAAUGAUCAAGGGAUGUGGACAUGUCUGGUGUACCAACCAGUAUUGCAAAACAGCGCAAGCAAAAGGGGGAAAAGGAAAUGCAUCUUUAUCUACUCAAGAAGCAUUGCCUUUGGUCAGACCUUUGAUGGAUAGCUACCCUGAUCAUUCUUCUCCUAUGUAUUUCUGCGUUGAUGAUGUGAGUCAAAAGAGAAGGAGCUUGGCGGAGAUGCUUGCUGCUGAAGAGGCAUAUGAUUUGGAGUGGUGUGUUGCGGCUUGUGAGGCGGAAGCAGGGAAUCUUGACGCUACGAGACAGUGGUUGCAGAACUGGGCGCCGGGAAGAUAA